CGGGUGAGCAGGCGCGGUGGGAUGUGAUGCGGUCCCAUUUCUAGCGGACGGACAGAGCAGGUCGUCAGGACUAAUGGAAGAACUCACACCCGCAGGAUUUGUUGUCGCUAACUAGCUUUAAAGUGGUUUCAUGACUUCUGCGGGAUAUUUAGGUACAGUUUGACACAGCUGACUGUACAGUAGGAGAGUUGGCGAAACUCCAAGCCAGGCAGAAAACAUUUGAGUGCGAAAAUAUGGAGGUUUCCUUUUGACAGCUGCGCCGCUGCCAGACUGACAAACAUCAGUGACCAGGAGGUGAGCUGUCACCAUCCAUUCAGCUGCCAGAUGACUGACCAGCCCUGCAGGCGUGCAUCCUGACUGCCUCUGCCUCCAUUUGUGUGUCUGAAUGUCCACGAUGACUUGGAGAGGACUUGAUUGGUGGAUCCCCUGCUGACACCUCCGAUCCACAGAUAUCCGUCCCAACUACCCCCUUUCCUGACGGCUUUGGUGUAACCUUUUUUUGUGGAGCCCCCCUCCCUGUUUAAGUUGUCACCAUGGCUAGCCUGGUGCUCAACGAGACUGGAAUGGAAGACUGCGGCAUUGACGACUCCUUCAAGUACAACUUGUACUCUGUGAUUUACAGUGUGGUCUUUGUCUUAGGCCUGAUCACCAACUGUGCUGCCCUCUUUGUAUUCUGCUUCCGGAUGAAGAUGCGCAACGAGACCACAAUGUUUAUGACUAAUUUAGCGUUAUCCGAUUUAGUAUUUGUUUUUACGCUGCCAUUCAAGGUCUUCUACAAUGUUAACCGCCAUUGGCCAUUUGGAGAUGGACUGUGUAAGGUAUCAGGAACAGCCUUCAUCACCAACAUCUACGGCAGCAUGCUCUUCCUCACCUGCAUCAGUGUAGACCGUUUCCUGGCAAUAGUCUACCCUUUCCGCUCCCGCUCCAUCCGCACGCGCAGGAACGCGGCGCUGGUGUGUGCCGCCGUGUGGCUGACCAUCGUAGGAGGAGGAAUAUCCGUGACCUUCUUCUCCACCAUUAACAGCACAAACAGAGCCACCACAUGCUUUGAGGGCUUCUCCAAGAGCACCUGGAGGACCUACCUGUCCAAAAUCACCAUCUUCAUCGAGAUUGUGGGCUUCCUUCUCCCCCUUCUGGCCAACUUGGUAUGUUCCUCGCUUGUUCUGCGGACGCUGAGGCGUCCAGUGACUGUUGGUCGUGGUUGUGACAGCAAGAGACGUGUCCUACGGAUGAUUUUGGUCCAUCUGGGUAUCUUCAUCAUCUGCUUCGUCCCUUAUAACUCUAUCCUCUUCCUGUACGCCCUGGUGCGGACCCAGGCCCUGGCUAACUGCGCAGUGGAGCGCUUUGCUCGAACUCUUUACCCUAUCACUCUGUGCCUGGCCAGCCUCAACUGCUGCCUGGACCCUGUGGUCUACUACUUCACCUCAGAGAGCUUCCAGAAAAGCUUGACAAUGGGAGGCAAAGGGUCCGGCUCCCGGCCCGAGAGUAUCCCCCGUAGCGACACUGAGACCCAGGACACAGCAAACACUCUCCCCAGAGACACACACACUCCGGCCAGCAAUGGAAAAGACUCAAAGAUGUCUGAGAGCCAGUUCUGACUCAGCAGGGAAGAAGGAAGGUAAAGAAGGACAGGGUGGGUUCGACAGGAGCCCUGAAUUUUUUGACAAAUAAAGCAAUCAGCUGUUUGGUCCUGGAAGUGACAAACGCAUAACUCAGCAGAUUAGUUAAGGCCUGAGGUAAGUCCUGAGGUAUGGCCUGGGCUUUACAGAUUAAUCCACCAAUGGAAAGCAGAGGAAUGUAUCUGUAUGUGUUUAUUAUGAAAGAACACUACGGGGACCAGAAACCCAGCCACACCGGGUCUAUUGUCCAGAGACACGCAGAGCCUCUAAAAGAGACUCCAACACAUCAUCACUCAGGCUUAACACAAACACUCACAAAUGCACUGGAUUGUGGAUAAAAUGGAGAUUUACAUCCACAUUGUUGAAAUAUGCUGUUUAGUACUUUUGUAACACACAGAGCCCUUACGUUUUAUUGUUAUAAAGUUCAAGCUUUCACAGUACUUUAUAUCAUUUUAGAUAUUAAUGUUAUGACACUCUUUAGUGUGGUGAGAACCGUUGUUAUUGUAACACAGCAGCGCGCUGACCUGCUGAGUUAAAUGUGUCUCAUGUUGAAGUUUGAGGCCAUUAAAUGUCUGUUUUGAAUUGC